AUGUUUUCCUCUCCAAAAACAUGUUUUCCGGACCCCCUAUCUUCCUUAUGUGCAACACAAGCUCCAGAAUUGUAUAAUCUCGACCUUUCUGAGAACCUACUGUCAGGGGAGCUUCCUGAUUGUUGGAUGCAAUAUCAAGCAUUACACUCACUGAAUUUGGCAAAGAAUAAUUUCUCCGGAAAAGUACCGAGCUCAUUAGGGCAGUUAACGUAUGUUGUGUUGUUACGCUUGCAUGAUAACAAUCUUUCAGGAGAACUGCCUCCUUCUUUAAAGAACUGUACAGAAUUAAGGGUUGUUGACCUUGGAGCCAAUAAAUUAUCUGGAAACAUACCAGCAUGGAUAGGCCCCAGCCUAACAAACUUGCUGGUUCUACGCUUACGGUCUAAUGAGUUCUAUGGAAGCAUACCCUUGAGUCUAUGUAGUCUUCCCGCUCUUCAUGUUUUAGACCUCUCUCAGAAUAAUAUAUCUGGAGCCUUGCCACAUUGCCUUCCUAAUAUAACAGCUUUGUCUUCUGUGUCUACGAAGGUGGAGGACAAUUGGAUUCUUGGAUUUGUGCAACUGGUGUGGAAAGGGAUAGAGAUUGAAUUUGGAGAAAAUCUUAAGCAUUUGAGAAGCAUCGACAUCUCAAACAAUAACUUAAAUGGGGACAUUCCACAAAGGGUGCUUCCCAGCAACUUUGGUCAGUUGGAGAUGUUAGAAUCUCUUGAUUUGUCAAGAAACCAGAUAUCUGGUAGAAUCCCUCCAAAAAGAAUUCCACUAAGCACCCAACUUCAAACUUUUAAUGCUUCUGCAUUUAUGGGAAAUCUUGGACUCUGCGGGCCACCACUCACGCAAGAAUGCCCAGGGGAUGGAGCAACUCAAGAUCCUGCAGUCCCCAAUGGAGAUGGAGGUGAUCAGACCAAACAAGAAGAUGAUGGUCUCAUAAGCUUCGGAUUUUAUGUCAGCAUGGUGCUUGGAUUGAUCAUAGGAUUCUGGGGAGCCUGUGGUACUUUACUGCUUAAGAGUUCUUGGAGAUACGCCUAUUUCCGUUACCCGGAUAAUAUAAAAGAUCGGAUUAUGUGA